AUGGCUGCUGAUGAUGGCGUGGCAGCGAGCCAGCCAGGAGCCGAUGCUUCGGAACCUGCGGACCCGUGGGCCGGAUGGACUGGCGUCCAGAAUCAGCCCGCAACCGAAACGACGACGCAGCCAACGCAGCAGAAUAACACUGGCAACGCUGACGAGAGCGGGGAGGCUUUCGUUGACGAGAGUCAGUGGCCUUCGUGGGAGCAAGCGGAAUGGGAUGACUCUUCAUGGGGGCACUACAGCUCCUGGAGUCAUGGGGACCAAUGGUCCCGCGGAGGCGGAUGGCAACGAGAUCAGUGGAGCGACGCCCGGAGUCACGGGCAUCCGAGAGAAUGGUGGAGCGACGACGGCCAUGAGGACAGAUGGUCUGACGGGAGUCACCACGGAUGGAGGGACCAUCAGCAUGGAUCGAACGCUUCUACGACGACCCCCUCUACGGACUGGGGCGGCGGUUGGCGACAGCAUGCGGGACACGAUCCACCGGAAGUUGGACAGCGUCGUGAUUGGCACGAUUCCGGACCGCAUGCACGGGAACAUGACGAGAAGAAGGGCAUGAUCAGUGAGAGAAUGGCGGUACCUUCGUUCUCUGCUGAGGGCGUGGGAGAAGAGCUUGGGCAGAGCGCCAGGUCGUAUCUUCGGCAAGUGGAGGCCUGGACGAAGGUCACCAGGACACCGGCCUCACAAAGGGCUUUGCUGCUGUACCAGAACCUCACUGGCCGUGCAUGGGUUGAGUCAGAAGAACUUCAGGUUUCAGACUUAGCCAAAGAUGAUGGGCUAGAUGUCUUCAAACGUUGGGUGCAGGAGAGGUACCAGGAGGUCGAGGUCUCGAAGAUCGCUGAGUCCUUGACGUGCUUCUUCAAACGACUUCGCCGUCAGCCUGGACAAUCCAUCCGGGAGUUCAACUCCCUGUUCGACCGUGCCCACACCAGGUUGUUGGAGAUCGAAUGCCGACUACCAGAAGUGGCGAAGGCGUGGGCGUACUUGAAUGCCCUCGGCUUGGCCCACAACGAAGAGCUGGCUCUCUUGGCGAGUGUCAACAACGACUACCACACGACGAAGCUCCAACGAGCGGCGACUCUACAUGAGAAGAGCCUCAAGGCCCCAUGGAGUUUCAGGAAGCCCGGCACCGGAACUUUUGACAAGACGAAGGGGCCACGCGCGGCUUACAUGACGGACAUCCACGAUGAAGAGGACGAGCCGGAUAACCUCGACGAGGAGAUCCUGCCCGAGGAGGUUGCGAUGGAGGUCCACGAGGCCUUCAUGGCCCAUGAGUCCGCAAAGGCCAGGCUGAGAGAAGUCACGAAGAAUCGUGGAGUGGACAUGGAGGCAGCGAAGGGCACCGGCGGAGACAAGUCUCCGGAAGAGCGGCUACGUUUGGCGAAGAGUCGUUCCUUUUGCGCGGGCUGCAAAAGGAGGGGACAUUGGCACCGGGAUCCAGAAUGUCCCCUGAACAGCGGCAAGAACGGCGACAACAAGCCGAAGGUCCAGGACGGGCGCCAGGACAAGGGCGUUCGCGACAGCUUCGUGGUCUACGUGGCGUUCGAAGUGGGCGAAGUGGGGAUCCGCGAAGGACUCGUCGGGAUAACCGACUGUGCAUGCAGCCGCAGUGUCUGCGGGCAAGAGUGGAUGGAGCGCUACCUGAACCAGGCCAAGAAGGAGAAUGUGCCCCACCCCUUUUUGCCGUGCUGUGAAGAGUUUCGGUUCGGAGCAAGCAAGGGUUUCAAGGCCACCUAUGCGGUCCUCGUUUUCAUCACUCUUCAGCACAGGACGUUUGUGAUCAAGGUGGCCGUCGUGGACGGCGACGUGCCGCUGCUGCUUAGCCGUGCCGUGCUGGGCAAACUAGGCAUGGUCUAUGACAUCGAGCGCCACGAAGCCGACUUCAGAGCUCUCGGAAUCGACAAGUACAAGCUGAGCCUGACCAACACUGGGCACCCGGCCAUUCCGGUCUCACCGAAGAAGUUGCCAUCACAUGUUUUGUCCUCCACAGAAGGCUGGAAGGACGAGGAGGUUCGCAUCGCGUCCCAGGCGGUUGAGCAAUACACGGUGUUCAUGACUUCUUCGAUAGCAGCUGUGAGCGAUGAUGUGCUUUAUGAGGGCUCAGAUCCGGUUGUUCUACGCAGUGACCCCCAGAGUCUUCAUGAAGGUACCAGUGUUGAGGUCCCCGAGGACACUUACGAGGCCCCCAUUUUCUUCUCUAAGAAGCUUGCCCAUGUACAUGGACCAGAGUACACGUUAUUCCCCGGCGUGCUUGUUUUGAUCCGCGAAAAUGGAAGACUCCUUCUUUCAACCACAAAGAAGUACUCCUCGAACACCUCGGCUACGUCAGAAGUACUUUCAGUAUAUCGUGCCAUACCCAUAGACCUCUUGAACCCCAGCAUCAUGUUUGGCGUGAAGUGUCUGAGCCGCCGGCUGCGCUUUGGAUCGGGAAGAGCAUUUUCGCGAAGUGCCCCGUUGACCUCAACCCUCCUCCUGCAGCCAAUGGCCAAGGAGUCCAAGGGAAUAUGGAGCAUGACGAAAGCCGAGCUGAUCAAGCUCGCCUCCGAGGAGUCGAUUGUUUGCCACAGCAGUUGGACUUGCGGCGAGAUACGCUCCGUCAUCCAGGAGAAACGCCAAGCAGGAGGCUCCAGUGUCCCGAGGGGACUCGGGAACAUGACCCUGGACGACCUGAAGUCAAAGAUGGUGGAGCUGGGCCUGGAGAUGCCGACGAGGCCCACCAAGGGCCAGCUGGCGAAGAUCAUUCGGGACUCGACCAAGUCGGCCGACGAGGAGGUCGUCAACUUCGGCCGGUACGUGAACCACCUGUACAAGGAAGUCCCGGAGGGAUAUUUGCGCUGGGCAGUCCGCGAAACGGAGGCCAACAGCAACUCGUCUAUGGACCUGCGGAAGCUGGCAAACUACGCCCGGGAGAAGUUCAGCCGUUCCGAGAAGAUCGACCCGGAAGUGAAUGCCAUGGUGAAGUACGACCCCUCGGAGUUCGAUGUGAAGAGCGAGGGCUAUCCAUCGAAGUGGUCAGUGGUGUCAGCUGCCACCGGCUCUCAGCAGCCGAUUGCUCCGAAGGCGACGACGCCACCCCCAAAGAAGAGCCGCGACCGCAACGACGACCGGACCAAGGAGAGCAUGGAGCAAGAGAUCCCACUCGAGGUUCGCGAGCAGCUAAGGAACCUGGACGAGAAGGACUACGUCUUUGGCAAGGAUGCCGGGGAACGCAGUCCGGAGAUCUCCGGGCCUGUCGACCAAGACAGGGGGGGAUUCUCGAUGUUUGAUGGGAGCCACAAACUUUUGACCGAGCGAGACGGUGCCGCAGCUCUCGUUCGUGGUGACAGUGUUUUUUCAGAUCCCCACUAUUUCGUCUCGGGGAACAUUGAGUUCAGCGAACCUACUUUUGACCCUGAGGUGGACUAUCAGGACUGUGUGGAGGGCGUAGAUCUCCCGAAGUCCCACGUGCACCACGACAAGCCCACCGACGACACUUGCCAGGAAUGCUUUGAAGAACACGUCCAGGCGGCCCAGGACGUGGAGUCGCUCGCCAAGGAGCUCCUGAAGGUCGGCGACUUCUCUGCCGAUGCCUGCCGCGAGCUCGCCGCCAAACUUUGUCUCUGGCAAGGAGCGUGUCGGAGGAAGAUGAUGAAUGGCACUGGAAGGGCAGUCGCCCUUGGUGCUUUCACCCACGGCGGCAUCCACGGGGUGAUCAACAACACGUACAACCUCAAGGCGACGCUCCGAUACUUGAACAAGUUCCUCAAAAUCAAAGGGGCAAAGGGAAGAUGGUCUUCUCUCAGCGUCACCUUGAACGCCCAGCCUGGACUCCAUCGGGAUGCCCACAACAUGGACUCGAACCAGUCUAUCUCCCUCGGUCCCACCGUCGGAGGAAGAUUGUGGAUUGAGGACCCGAAGGACGAGCUACGCGGAGAGUACCACAUCGUGAAGCUCGCCGAUGGCCGGACCAUCGAGGGCAAGUACGUGUCCACUCAGGACCAGGUAGUGUCUUUCGACCCUCACCGUCGACAUUUUGUCGAGGACUGGGACGGCAUCCGCGUAAGUGUUACCGCCUAUACUGUUCGAGGGAUUGAACAUCUCAGCACCGAGGAACGUGAUCUACUACGAGCGCGCGGUUUUCCGGUUCAUGCAGCUCCCCGGCAAGAAAGCACAGGAAACAGCUACAGGAAAGAGUCUGAGACGAGGCCUAGGAGCAGUGUACGCAAGGGGCUGUGGAAGAAUGCCCUGAAAGCCAGCGCCAUGCUCACGAUGACCAUGACGGCGGCAACGAGCUACCUCAGCGAGAACUUUGCACGCCCUUCGGCUGAGCAGGUUGCCCUUCUCGAAAUCGGAGGAGCCGAACACACCUAUUACGCCACCGAGAUCGGUGCCAUGGUGUCCGAACCCCUCGACCACGACUUCGUCUAUGAGCACGGCGCCCACCAAGUGUGCGAACACAUCAAUGAGGUCAAGCCCCGAGUCGUCUGGAUUCACCCACCAGGCCCGGACGAGAAGAGCUACGUCAACUACCAGAAGAUCGUUGAGGCACAGAUCAACGAGGGCGGCAUCGUGGUCUGUGAAGCUAACAAGAACGACGUGUGGUGGAACAACCCGAACUUCAACAACGAGUCCCUGCGAGCAGGCCGAGAAACCUACGAUUCUGAUGGAAGAGUACGCUUGCGAAUCGGGCCUACUGAGAAUGUGAUCGAGACGGCCUACGUUGUUGAAGGCGGAGAGAAAAGGAAGCGGACCGACGAAGAGAACAAGAAGGGAGCAAGUGCGAUCAAGUUCGAUGCCAAGGUUGCUCCCCAUGUUCGAGCAGCACUAACCAGGCUACACCAAAACCUCGGCCACCCGGCGGUGCACGACUUGGUUCGCCAUCUACGACUUGCUGGAGCCGAGGGUGCAGUCAUUGCCGCUGCCAAGUCUCUGAAAUGCGAAGUUUGUGAAAGAUGCCAGAGAACGGCUGCGUCGCGCCCCGCAACGCUGCCGACCAUGCUGGACUUCAAUCAGAUUGUUGCAGUUGACGUGUUCCACGCCUUCGACACCGAGCAGGUGAGACAUGAGUUUCUCUCUGUGAUCGACCUGGGCACCCAGUACCACGUGGUUAAAGAAAUCAGCGGACACAGCAGCCAAGACUUCGAGAUGAACUUCAUCGAUGUGUGGAGCAGAACGUUCGGAACCCCAUCGGUGAUAGCAGCAGACCUCGAAACCGGCCUGCAGGCGGGUCUCGCCAAGUACGCGGAGUUCUCAGGAGCCAAGCUUCGAUCAUCAGCGGCCCAGGCGCACUUUCAGCAAGGGGUCGUGGAACGACACGGUCAGUGGUGGCAAGACAUCUUCGCGAAGGUCGUGGACGACCAGACCAUCACCAGCGACGACGUGUUCCUCGCCGUCGCCGCCGUCAACAAUGCGAAGAAUAAUCUUUGUCGCAGACACGGAUACUCGCCUUCUCAGGCGGUGUUCGGGCGAGAUACUCCCGCUCCAGAAGACCUAUGUCAAGGGAACGACGAAGAGAUGACCCUGGACAUCAUGACCACGGACAAAAGGAGGCAACGCGAAGUGGCCGUCCGGACCGCAGCCCGCCUGGCCUUCUUUAGAUCCCAAGUCGACAUCAAGCUCCGGAGGAGCCUGAUUCAGAGAGCGCGGGUCAAAAAGACCGAGUACUCCCCUGGUGAAAUGGUGUGCUUUUUCCGCUAUGACAAGGCCAGUACCAAGCGUGGACGAUGGCGAGGCCCCGGUCUUAUUCUCGGCCGAGAAGGGCCGAACUGGUGGGUCAGCUAUGCGGGGAGAUGCCACCUAUGCGCAGAAGAGCACAUGAGGCCCAGCACUGCAGAAGAGGUGGGGCAAGCGUUCACUUCGAAGGUGGCAAGAGCCGAUCUUGAAAAGCUCUUGUUCAGUGACCCACACGAUCCCAACGGCUAUGCCCAUUCGGACGAAGAGCCCGGAGAAGAACCCGGCGAUAACGAAGGCGAGCCACAGGGCGUCGACGAGGACAUGCUGGAGGAUAUCAGCGUGGAUGGCGAGGAAAAGAACCAGGACGGUGUCACCGAGCAGAUCGGCGACGAGGAGAUCGACCAGAUGCUCAGCGAGCCCUUCGACUACAAGGAGGAAGAGCCCAGAGUAGAGAGGAGAGCGCGGCACAAGCAGGCCGGGCCGCAGAGCGCAAGCAGAUCGGCCCUCACUAUCCUCACCAAAGCCGAGAGCGACGUGAUCUACGACACGGUCGAGGAGCGCAUCCUGAACUCUAGGUGGGCUUAUAAGGACAAGAACUACUCCAAGCGGAAGGCCGACAACACCGUAGAAUGGAAAGCCAAGGCACGGCUAGUGAUAGCCGGACACCGAGACCCAGACGUGAUGAAUCUCACUACUGACGCACCUACGGUGAACAGGCUUUCAGUUUUGGUGUUGCUGCAGUUUGUCGCCAGUGCCCGCAGAGAUCCCGACCCAUGGGAAGCCGCAGCUGGUGACGUGAGUGCCGCGUUCCUCAAUGGAAAGCCGCUGCAGCGAGUCCUCUAUAUGAAACAGCCCAGAACUGGUGUGGACGGCAUGGAACCUGGAGCUCUUUUCAAGGUUGAGAAGGGGAUCUUCGGACUGCCGGACUCACCACAUUCCUGGUGGGUCGAGUUCCAAGAGAUCGUUUUCCGCACAGAGUUCACCUACGGCGGGAGAAGCUACACGCUGAAGCAGUCCCCAGUAGAUCCAUGCGUCUUUCUUGUGAAGUGUGCGGGAGACUCCAAGCCUCACGCCUACCUGGCGGUGCACGUCGAUGAUCUACUUACAGUGGGGCCGAAAGGGCUCUCAAAGGCAUUGAGAGCAGCGCUCGACAGCGAACUGCCGAUCGACGAGUGGGAGAUCGACAACUUUGACUACAUCGGCUCCCGCAUCACAGUUGACGAUGAAGGCGUCAAGAUCUCACAAAGUCACUACGCGCCCACCCGGCUUUUCCACAUCGAGGUCGACAAGAGCGACCCCGACGACAAGCCGGCGUCCUUCGAACAGAAAGUUGACAACCAGUCCCUCAUCGGGGGAUUGAGCUGGCUCGCCGGACAGACUCGCCCUGAUAUUCAAAGCGCGGUCUCAUUGGCCCAGCAGGCCCAGAAGACCCCUACUGUCGGCGACAUACGCUUCACCAACGGCAUCGCCAAGAAGGCGAUCGACUUUCAAGACAAGGGAAUUCAACUGAGACCUCUCGACCUCAGCAAGCUCGAGAUCCUGGUCUACCACGAUGCGGCCUGGGCUAACGCCCUGCCGAUUGACCUUGCUGGAGAGGACGAGUUCGCCCUCAGCAAAGAGGACCACGAGAACGGCUACAUGACCCAGAUGCCCGAGAGCUUCCAGGUCCGAAAGGCGAAGAGGGCGAACACCAAGGUUGCGAGUCAGUACGGGCUUUUGGUCCUACUAACCGAGAGCGGAGUGAUCAAUGAUGGACGGCCUGUCAGCAUCAUUGACUGGAAGUCUACUACGGCGAAGAGGAUUUGCCGCUCGACCUUCGCAGCUGAAACGAUCGCAUGCACAGAUGGUGUAGAAGUAGGACAGUACGCGAGAUCCUUUGUUCGAUGCCUUCUAGAUGGACAUUUGAGUUCUGUCGAGAAGCUAGGAGGAACUUCCCUGCGGUUUAUCACUGAUUGCAAGUCAUUGUACGACCACCUCCACAGGGAAGGGAUCCCUAGAGUACCGACGGACCGUCGGCUCGCCAUAGACUUGGCGGCUUUGAGACAUGCUUUGAAUGACGAGCGACGAGAUGGGACGAUUCCUCUUAGCUGGCUCCCUACCUCCUUCCAGCUAGCCGACAUAUUGACUAAGCCCUUAGGACCUUCUGAUUUCUGGGCUAAGACGGAGUCGUCCAUCAGGAUCCCGCUCGUUACCAAUGCUAAAUUUUGA